AUGCCGCCUCGGCCAGCCCCGACGCACUUCGUGUGCAUCCCGCUGUCGGGGCCGCAGCUGGCGCGCACGCUGUCCUCCUUCCGGGCGGACGUGACGGACCCCAACAGCUUCAACGUGCACCCGCAGGCCGUCCGGCCCCUGGGCACCAUGCACCUCACGCUCGGGGUCAUGGCGCUGAAGGGCGACGCGCUCGGGCAGGCGGUGGACCUCCUCAGGGGGCUCAAGCUCAGGGAGAUCCUGGACCAGGCGCGGGCGGCGUCGAGCGUGAACAGCACGAACACGGCGGCGGCCAGGGCGAUGAUGGAGGAGGAGAGCCGGGGCGGCCCGGGGCUGACGGUCACGCUCCAGGGGCUCGGGGCGAUGCAGGCGCCGUCGAAGACGUCUGUGGUGUACGCGCCGCCGCUGGACCCGGGCGGGCUGCUGCGGCGGUUCUGCGAGCUCGUGCGGGGGCGGUUCCAGGAGGCCGGGGUGAUGGCCGUGGAGGAGAGGCCGCUGCUGCUGCACGCGACGGUGGUGAACACGAUCUACAUCGAGGACAGGAGGAUGAAGAGGGCGGCCAUGGACGCGAGGGACGUGAUGGCCAAGUAUGACGGGCACACCUGGCUGGAGGACAUGCCGGUGGACAGGGUCGCGCUGUGCAGGAUGGGGGCGAAGAAGGUUGAGGGGGAGCUGGGUGAGGCGUAUGAGGUUGAGGCUGAGGUUGAGUUCUAG